AUGAAGUUUUUUUUGCUACCGGCUGCGUUGGCAGUGAACAUUCUUAUAACGACGACAGACUCGUGGGUGGCCAAGGGGCCUCGGUACUUGGAGUGGGCUUUGAGGGAAGAGGGCCACGAGGUGAAGGUGGUGGCUUCGUUGAACCCAAACACUGAGGUGCCGCCGCUUGAGCCUGAGUACCAUCAGGACUCGGAGGUGGUUGUGGGUGCUCCAGCUGGGGGUGAUUUCAACCACUUGUUGCCUGCUCACCAGACGUAUCAUAGGAACAUGAGGAAGCUCAAGACGGUGGCUAGAGGCGCCAGAAACACGAUACUGAAGAAAGACGCAGAACGGUUUGACGAGGAGUUUAAGAGCCAGGAGCUUGUCCACGAAGAAGCGUACGGUCAGGACCCGCUUAACCCUAAUUUCUGGUUCGUGGACGGUCUGCCACUCCAGGCGCUUUCUGUGGCCUUUGGCGAGAUCUUGCCUAAGCAUAUUCCAGACUUCCAGCCUGAUUUGGUCAUUGUGGGCCCUAACGAAGGUCUCCACUUGACGUCGGCCAAUACCAACGACGAAGUCGUUGUAGAAGACCUUGAUGAUAUGGAUAACCAGGCCGAAGCGUUGGCUUUGCUUGCACAGCUGAAGAACAUGCCUGUCAUCACUGUUUCCAGCGAAGACCACGACCGUAUUUAUUAUGGCGACGAACGGUACUUCAACGUGGAGGAGAAGAAGUAUGACGACUCUUUCAAAGCCAACCCUGUGGCCAAAAACGUCAAGUACAUCAACCAGAAGGUUGUGGAGCUCGUGGAGGAAGUAGCACCUACUUUGACCUCCUCGCUUCUGCUUAACGUCAACUUCCCAUCCAUGAACCACCAGUACUCCCAGUGCGUGGGCAAGUCAUCCACAGGACCCCUUUUUUCCCAGAUAACCGCCGAAAAGACCAAACCUCACCUCGGCAAGAUCCUCAGCGUGCCCAGAGUGUCUGGCAAAAGAGACCUCGAAAGCGAAACCACAUACGUGAAGAUGUCUGACGAAAUGAGCCGUCCCGAGCCGCUCCUGAAGCUCGAGUUCAUGAGGUUGCUGGCCAUCCUCUCGAAAUCUUCAGACCUCCAAGAACGUCUUGCCAAAGACGAUACCCAAGAGUACUACAAGAACAAACAAGAGCUUCGUGCUCUCGACAACUGCCAGAUUGCUGUUGCCGUCAACCACAUCACCAGGGGCAACAACCUCGGUCCCGAGGUAUAUGCCAUUUCCACUCGUUAA